AUGUCCGCAGCACACGCCUCGAAAUUUACCCGGUACCUUAACUCCGAGACCGGCCCCAAGACGGUCCAUUUCUGGGCCCCCGUCAUGAAGUGGGCUCUGGUCAUUGCCGGUAUCUCUGACUUUGCUCGACCUGUCGAGACUCUGUCCGGCACCCAGAACGCCGCUCUGUUUGCCACCGGCUUCAUCUGGACCCGAUGGUGUCUGAUCAUCAAGCCCAAGAACUACCUGUUGGCCUCUGUCAACUUCUUCCUGGGCUGCACUGCCUCCGUCCAGCUGAGCCGAAUCAUCAUGUACCAAAAGUCUCUUGGUCUGACCACCUCCCAGGCCGUCCAGACCACCGUCUUCGGCGCCACCUUCAAGGACAUGUGGGCCAAGCACGAGGCCGACAAGAAGGAGAAGGCUUAA